AUGAGUGCUACUGAUCGCAGUGAGCAGCAAAACACGUCUGUCCCAGACAACCAGGGAGAGGCCUCGGCCCAGGCAGCCGCUCGGCCCGAUGUCUUCAGUUCGGAUCAGGAGCAGGACGGGGAGGGCUCUCAGAAGAGGCUGCAGGGGAAGAAACGCAUCCUCAAUGCUGAGCUGGCUUUCAAGAUCUACUCUGAGAAGAUCUCGGGGUUGGGGCACAAAACGGUGGAGAGCUGCUUCGUAGGAAGACGAUACGGGAUCAGCUCCAAGACGGUGCGAGACAUCUGGGACAGGCGGACCUGGACACAAGCAACGAAAUCGUUGUGGACGCCGGAGGAGCGACUGCAGGACGAGCAGAUCGUGAGGCGACAACCUGGAAGGCCGUCGGGGUCCAAGGACACGAAGCCCAGGAGGCAUAGGAACUUUCAGAAGGGCGGGAACAACGUGGGCAACUCGAGUCAGGAGGGGGAGAGCAGCAGAGGGAAGGAGGGCGCCAAGAGGAAGCAGCUGUGCGAGAUGGAGGAGAAGGCUAUCCGAGUGCUGAACGAAGAGCUCAGGUCCAAGAUCGAGGACGGGGAGAAGACGAGCAUGGGGGAGGGUUCGCAGAGCAGCGAGUCAAGUCGGAUCUCCAUGGACGCGCUCAACGACGACAACUCGAGCGACGAUGUCGGACGGCAGGAGAUGUCGGACGGCAAGACCAACAGCACGUCGGAAACCUCCCCGGUCACCACCAGCGGCUCCUGCCCCGCAGACAACACCGAUGUGUCAGAUUCCAGCUCCAACUCCAGCUCGCAGAACUACUCGCAGCGGGAGAGUCUGCAGAUUGCGCUCAACGAGAUCGCCAAGACAAGCGCGCAGAUCGCACAGCUGCAGUACUUGCAACUGCAGCGGCAAGACCAGCUCUCCCUCCUCCUUCAGCUGCAACUUCUCCAAAACCAGGGAGGAAGCAGCAUGCUGGGCAACAUGGCAGCGCCGAGGACAGUGCCUGACAUGUGGCAGGGGCAGCAGCAACUGCCUCCCAUCCUCGCGGGGCUGCAGCAGGGAACUGCGAUGAACAUGCUCGGCGGGUUUGCGUCAGAAGGGAGAGCUACGUUAGGAGGGUCGAUACUCGCAAGCAACGAUGGAGGCAGCAGCGCGAUGAUGAGGAGUACGGAACGAACAAUGUCAAGUGGAGAAGCGGCAACACCUGGGGCUCGAGCUGGCGAGACAACAGGAGCGAUGUGGAUAUGUCACUGA